AUGCGGUUCAGAGGGCACUAUGUGGCUAUCUCCCUAACAGACCUUCAUGUCUUCUCAAUGCAGCUGCUUGCUGAGGACUGGCCCUUUGGAGUUGAGAUGUGUAAGCUGGUGCCUUUCAUACAGAAGGCCUCCGUGGGCAUCACUGUGUUGAGUCUAUGUGCCCUAAGUAUUGACAGAUAUCGAGCCGUUGCCUCUUGGAGUCGAAUUAAAGGAAUCGGGGUUCCGAAAUGGACAGCAGUAGAAAUUGUUUUAAUUUGGGUGGUCUCCGUGGUUCUGGCUGUCCCUGAAGCUGUGGGUUUUGAUAUGAUAACCUUUGACUACAAAGGACGUUACCUGCGAAUCUGCUUGCUUCCUCCUACUCAGAAAACAGCCUUCAUGCAGUUUUACAAGACACAUAAAGAUUGGUGGCUAUUUAGUUUCUAUUUCUGCUUGCCAUUGGCCAUCACUGCCUUUUUUUAUACCCUGAUGACCUGUGAAAUGUUGAGAAAGAAGAGUGGCAUGCAGAUUGCUCUAAAUGACCACUUAAAGCAGAGACGGGAAGUGGCCAAAACAGUCUUUUGCCUGGUCCUUGUCUUUGCUCUGUGCUGGCUUCCCCUUCACCUCAGCAGAAUUUUGAAGCUCACUCUUUAUGAUCAGAAUGAUCCUAAUAGAUGUGAACUUUUGAGCUUUUUGUUGGUGUUGGACUACAUCGGCAUCAACAUGGCUUCCCUGAAUUCCUGCAUUAAUCCUAUAGCUCUGUAUUUGGUGAGCAAAAGAUUCAAAAACUGCUUUAAGGUAGGAGUAUUUCAAAAUAAAAAGCUCUUUUUGACCUAGCAUCAAAUAUAACUUUUCCAAACUAUUCAUACCUCUAUCUAAAGAGAUUUAGUAAAUUGUUUUACAGUUUUCCCUUGCAUUACAUCACAGAUGAUUUUUUUAAAAAUAUGAGUUCUAUUUAAAUCACUGUACUUGAUUUUUGCCUGUAAAUCCUCGUCAUCUACUCCCUACUGCCUCAACCGAUCAGUGGUACUCAUAGAAAUGCUCAGAAAAUUGGCAAAAAGUACAUGCAUUAAUGUCUGACAGAUAUCAUAUGAUAAAAUAAGAGCUAAACAUGAAUUAAAUGCACUGUUACCAUUUUUUUUGGUAGGUUUUGGACUGUGUAGCAUGGUUUGGAUUAUAACUCAGUUAGUUACAAUAUUCAUCUGGACGUGAGAAUAGCAAGUCAAAUGAAGACAUUUAAUUCAGGUUUUACCUCCUCUUUUCCACCUUGCUUAUAUAACAGAGAUGCGCUACUUGAUGUGGAAUAUGUGUCAUUAUUCUUGAUUUGGCUGCUUGCAUUGUACCAUCCAUCCAUCCAUUCCUUCACUCCUUCAACAAUCUAACAUGAAUGAAAUGGUCCCCUUCCCUGAUAUGGACAUGAUCCAUUUAUCCCUGGUAGUUCAUUCCUGGAAAGAACUUAGUUUCCUUGUAAAACUAAGUCAGUCUUAAAUUCUUUGCCCACUCAUAGACUCAUGGAUCGCAGAGCUAGAAUAGAACGUUCAUCAAGUUCAACUCUCUUGUUUAAUAGAACAGAAAACAAUGGACCUCCCACUUUCUUAGACAGAGAGAUUCUCAGAAAGCAAACAGUAGGAACAAAGUUUUGGAUUAAAAAAAAUCCAAGAAAAGAAAUUUGGAUAAACGAAACUGAGACAUUUAUAUACUCUAUAAGUUUAUUGUGUGGCAAUAUUUAAAAGGCACGUGAGCGUAACGUGCGGCUGACAAAAACCGGCAAUGUGAUACUAAGUUCAUUGACAUGGGAAGAUGUUUAUGACACCAUCAGGUGAGAAAAAGCAGGCUGUGGAAUAGUACACACAGCACAGUUUUAUUAAAAUAAAUCAUACACACACUUCUACAAACAUGCACAUAUACAGUUGUGCUUAUUGAUGUGUGUAAUAUUUCUAUUUGCACCGGAAAACAUCUUGAGGUAUGUAUUUAUCAAAUAUUACGAGAAUUUCUCAAGUAAUCAAGAGUAAAUAUCAAGCCUUGAGUGGCUUUCCCCUUUAAACUUAAUGAAAAGAUGAGUUUUCACGAUAGACAUUUUUUCUCUGUAUUUUCUAGUUUAAAAAGUUACCAGACACUAGGGGC